AGCCGACCAGCAGCGAAUCCGCCAUGGCCUCCGCCUCCAAGCAGCAGCAGCAGAGCCUCUACCCGGAGGUACCCCAGUCCCACCCCGACCACAACACCCCCUUCAACUCCAAGCCCGCCGCCGCCACCGGCGCCGGCGCCGGCGACUCGCUCUACCCCACCGUCAACCCCGACGAGCUCGCCGAGAACCUCUUCCCGGCCGACGCGGCGGAGGACGACGCGCCCGCGCCGCCCACCGUCGAGGAGACCCUCGUCGCCGUCCCCGGCGCGCAGCUCCACCUCGUGGACCCCGACCGCAGCCUCGACCUCGGCGCCGGCACGCUCUCCGUCGUGCGCCUCCGCCAGGGCGACCACGCCGUCGCCGUCCUCGCGCGCCUCACCCCCAACAAGACCUCCAAGUGGCGCGGCCUCUUCGGCCUCCUCUCAAGCAGCAGCGGCAGCGGCGCCAGCUCCUCCUCCAACGAGCCCGUGCAGUGGCCGCUGGCCGGCGACGUCGCGGUCGUCAAGCUCGACGCGGGCCACUACUUCUUCUCGCUCCACGUCCCGCACACCGACCACCCCGACGACGCGGACGACGCCGACUCGCCCGACGGCGAGACUGCCCUCAGCUACGGGCUCACCGUCGCCGGCAAGGGGCAGGAAAAGGUCCUGGAGGAGCUGGACGCGGUCCUCAAGGAGUACACCACCUUCUCCGUCAAGGAGGUCGACGCGGGCGCUAGCGGCAAGUCCGCCGAGGUGAUGGACACCAGGGCGGUUAGCGAGAUCACGCCGGAGGAGGCCGCCGGGGACAAGAAGGAGAUCAUGGAGGAGCAGUCGGCGGCGUUCUGGACCACCAUCGCGCCCAACGUCGACGACUACAGCUCCUCGGUCGCCAGGCUCAUCGCCAAGGGCUCGGGGCAGCUGGUCAGGGGCAUCAUCUGGUGCGGGGACAUCACGGCUGGCGGCAUCAAAUGCGGGGAGGCCGUCUUAACCAAAGGCGCAGGGGCCAACGGGAAGCCUACGCAGGUCAAGCCUAGCUCACUCAGGAGGAUGAAGAGAGCUAGAAGGAUAACUCAAAUGUCCAACAAUGUGGCAAACUCAAUCCUCUCAGGUGUUCUCAAGGUGUCGGGAUUUGUUGCCAACACCUUGAUCAACUCCAAACCUACCCGGAAGUUCUUUAAACUAAUGCCUGGUGAAGUUAUUCUUGCUUCACUCGACGGGUUUGGUAAAGUAUGUGAUGCUGUUGAGGUGUCUGGCAAGAACGUGAUGCAAACGUCUUCGGUUGUCACAACUUCAGUUGUAACGCACAGGUACGGUGACCAAGCAGGAGAGAUAACACAGGACUACCUUCACGCCACCGGGAACGCUCUGGGAGUUGCGUGGGCUGUCUUCAAGAUCAGGAAGGCCUUCGACCCAAAGGGCCAGCUGAAGAAGUCGUCCCUGGCGAGCUCAGCAGCGCACGCUGUGGCGAAACAAUCAAUCAGCCGGCAAAAGAAGAAGUAAGCAGUCUCGUCUCUCGUGUGGUCGAUGGCUCCACCGGCGCUGUGUAUACUAGUAUGUUCGUCACUUCGUGUCAAGUUUCUUGUGUGAGCUAGCUAGCUAUCAGGUUUAGUUGGGUGUAAGUGCAGUACUUUCCACUUGUGAGUUGUACGUCGCAAGAAUGUCGUGGCUGUUGAGAUGUUCGUGUUGUAUGUACAGUGAUGUGUGCUUGAACAUGCAAGAUGCUCUGUGUUCACUUGUGAGUUGAGACAUGUACGGGAAAUCAUU